GUUAAUGUAAAAGAUUUUCCGAUCGCCACCGAACUGGCCGGUGUCCAGAUGAGACUUGUGAGGGGUGGGGUACGGGAGUUGCAUUGGCACCCGGCGACCGAGUGGGCGUAUGUCAUGUCAGGCACCUGUCGUAUAACUGCUAUCGACGAAGGGGGAAAGGCGUUUGUUGAGGAUGUCAGUGAAUCGGACUUAUGGCUAUUUCCAUCUGGUAGGCCUCACUCUAUCCAAGGUCUCGGUGAUGAUGGUUGUUUUUUCCUACUGGUGUUUAACGAUGCUGCUUUUAGUGAGUCGGCUACAUUUUUGCUAACUGACUGGAUGAGUCACGUACCGCUCGAGGUGCUGGCUAAAAACUUCCAGGUCCCGAAAUCGACAUUCGCAAAUUUACCCCAACAAGAACUUUACAUGUUUGCCACUGAAUUACCUCGACCAUUGGAGGUUGACCAGCGUCAGGCUGCCCUAGGCACCGGGUUUAUACCCGAAUCAUAUGCGUUUUUCGCAUCCCAAAUGGAGCCUAACUAUACCCGAUUAGGUGGUGAGGUUAAGAUUAUAGAUAAGCGUAACUUUCCAGUUACUAAAAUAGCCGCCAGUAUUGUGACCCUAAAACCCGGUGGACUCCGGGAACUCCAUUGGCACCCGAAUGGCGAUGAAUGGACCUAUUUUGUUACAGGUAAAGCACGAGUGGGUGUGUUCCAGGCGUCCCAAUACCCGGCUGCUGCCAGAACUAUGGACUUUCAAGAGGGAGACAUUGGGUACAUCAAGAAAGAUAAUCCUCAUUACAUCGAGAAUACGGCUGAUGUGGACCUCGUAUUUCUAGAGGUGUUCGCCGCCGACUAUUUCGAGGACAUAUCACUGGCCGAGUGGUUAGCCCACACGCCCUCCCGAUUGGUUAACGAACAUAUCCGUACAGGAGAAGCCUUUAUUAAUUCAAUUUAUAAGUACGAGGCUGUAAACGUGAAUGACUUCCCUAUUGCCGUGAAUAUGGCUGGCGUUCAGAUGCGACUAUUCAGUGGUGCCGUACGGGAGUUGCAUUGGCACCCGGAAAACGAGUGGGCGUUUGUAUUUUUUGGAACGUGCAGGGUCACUUUGGUCGAUGAGGGAGGGUAUGCUUAUGUGGGUGAUGUUACUGCGUCAGAUUUGUGGUUUUUCCCGGCUGGUAGACCUCACUCUAUUCAGGGUCUCGGUGAUGAUGGUUGCUUUUUCCUACUGGUAUUUGACAGUGGUAAUUUCAGCGAGGCCGAUACAUUUCUACUCACGGACUGGAUGGGUCACGUACCGCUCAGUGUGCUAUCUAAAAACUUCCAGGUCCCUGAAUCAGUGUUCAAAAACUUGCCCACAACCGAGCUAUACAUGUUUGCCAGUGAAUUACCCCGACCAUUAAAGGUGGAACAACACGAGGUAGCCAUAGGCACCGGAUUGUUAAAUGAAUCAAUAGCGUUUUAUACAACACAAAUGAAACCCAAUUAUACGCGAUUGGGUGGUAACGUCAAAAUUAUUGACAAUGCCAACUUUCCCAUUACGACUAUAGCGGCGGCCAUUGUGACCCUAAAACCCGGUGGACUCCGGGAACUCCAUUGGCAUCCAAACGCCGAUGAGUGGACUUAUUUUGUUUCGGGCAUGGCCCGAGUUGGUAUGUUCGAAGCGGGUAAUUACCCUGCUAAUUCUCGCACAAUGGACUUUCAAGAGGGAGACAUUGGGUACAUCCCGAAAGAUAAUCCCCAUUAUGUGGAGAAUACGGGAGACUGUGACCUUAUAUUUCUAGAAGUGUUCCCCUCCCCCACCUUCCAGGACAUAUCACUGGCCGAGUGGUUAGCCCACACGCCCACUCGAUUGGUCAACGAACACAUACAUACCGGGGAAGCCUUUAUUAAUGCAAUCUAUAAUAAAGAGGCUGUUAUUAGGCCCUUGUAA